CUUGGAUCAUUAACUGAUUGGUUUUCCUAGGCCGCCCGGGUUUCCGGACUGCUGGAAGGUCCCACAGAAUCGUGUAUUGGCCUUGCUAUUUCAUGCGCUCUGUUUGAUCUCGAUGACAAGACCCACCCUUAUCCAUUAUUGGCAGAUAAACGGUGACGUUGAAUGGAAGGAACAUAAGAAGACGGUCGUUGGUAAACUGAAAAAUGUCAACAUUGUGUCUGGCUUGGUCCUCGCUGUUUCUGCAGUCUUCCUUUCAACGCAGCCACCCUUGUCAUAUUUUCUUCCAUACACGAAGCGUGUGUGCUACAUUCUAACCCUACUGUCAUUUGCGCAUGCCCUCGGUGGUUUGAUGUGUGGCUUAGCCGUGGCGAACGUAUACCAGGAAUGUGAGCAAGAAUGGAUUAAAAGAGUUAUGACAUGCACACGCUUUCGACUGUGCUUUUCACUGUUAUUAAUAAGUUGGGCCAGUGUAUCUCUCACCCUUUCUAUCCUCCUUUUGAUGUUAGCUCUUGUGAUCGCGGCUUAUACUUCUGGAAUAUGGUGGUUUCAAUUCAUGGUGACAAUGGAGCUCAUGUCCUGGGUGUGGCUGCCAACUUUCUUUGCCUGGUUUGCACUCAGGCCGCCAUCAUGAAAGAAACCGAAUCAAUCCAAUCAGACGUAAAACACGCGGCAGGAUGUCGGGCUAGUUAUCGU